AUGAUCGUAGAUAUUGCUGUUGAUAAGUUUUCUGACUUGACGUUAGAGAUAGUCCAGGCAAACCAGCCUAGAACAUUUAAAACUGUAAAGUUAAUCAAAUUUGGAAUGAUGGGAGAUCAUACAAUUAAAAGUCAGCGACCUCGAUCUGUCCAUGAGAAAAGGGUCCCUCAGGAACAAGCUGAUGCUGCUAAAUUUAUGGCACAAACUGGUGAAUCUGGUGUGGAAGAGUGGUCCCAGUGGAGCUCCUGCUCAGUUACUUGUGGUCAAGGGUCGCAGGUGCGAACCAGAACUUGUGUAUCACCUUACGGGACACACUGCAGCGGCCCAUUAAGAGAAUCAAGGGUUUGCAAUAACACUGCCCUCUGUCCAGUCCAUGGAGUUUGGGAGGAAUGGUCCCCGUGGAGCUUGUGUUCAUUUACGUGUGGUCGAGGCCAGAGAACGAGAACACGAUCGUGCACCCCUCCUCAGUACGGAGGGCGGCCCUGUGAGGGGCCCGAGACACAUCAUAAGCCCUGUAACAUUGCUCUCUGUCCAGUUGACGGCCAGUGGCAGGAGUGGAGCCCUUGGAGCCAGUGCUCGGUGACCUGCUCCAACGGGACCCAGCAGCGAAGCCGGCAGUGCACCGCAGCGGCGCAUGGAGGCUCGGAGUGCCGCGGGCCCUGGGCAGAGAGCAGAGAGUGCUACAACCCGGAGUGCACAGCCAACGGGCAGUGGAAUCAGUGGGGCCACUGGAGCGGAUGUUCCAAGUCGUGUGACGGCGGCUGGGAGAGGAGAAUGAGGACCUGCCAGGGGGCAGCGAUCACAGGGCAGCAGUGCGAAGGGACUGGUGAAGAGGUCAGGCGGUGCAGUGAGCAGCGAUGCCCCGCACCGUAUGAAAUAUGCCCGGAGGAUUAUCUGAUGUCUAUGGUGUGGAAAAGGACUCCAGCAGGCGACUUGGCGUUUAAUCAGUGCCCACUGAAUGCCACAGGCACCACCAGCCGACGCUGUUCUCUCGGUCUCCACGGCGUGGCCUUCUGGGAGCAGCCGAGCUUCGCAAGAUGCACAUCCAACGAGUACAGACACUUGCAGCAUUCAAUCAAAGAGCACCUUGCUAAGGGGCAGCGCACGCUGGCAGGCGAUGGGAUGUCCCAGGUGACCAAGACGCUGCUGGACUUGACUCAGAGGAAGAAUUUCUACGCGGGUGAUCUUCUGAUGUCUGUGGAAAUCCUCCGAAAUGUGACCGACACGUUUAAAAGGGCGAGUUACAUCCCUGCAUCCGAUGGCGUCCAGAACUUCUUUCAAAUAGUUAGCAACCUCCUCGAUGAAGAAAACAAGGAAAAAUGGGAAGAUGCCCAGCAGAUUUAUCCGGGCUCAAUAGAGUUGAUGCAAGUAAUUGAAGAUUUUAUACACAUUGUUGGUAUGGGGAUGAUGGACUUUCAGAAUUCAUACUUAAUGACUGGAAAUGUAGUGGCGAGCAUUCAGAAGCUGCCCGCCGCCUCCGUUCUCACAGACAUUAACUUCCCGAUGAAAGGGCGGAAAGGAAUGGUGGACUGGGCCCGGAAUUCAGAAGACAGAGUGGUUAUUCCGAAAAGCAUAUUCACUCCUGUGUCGUCAAAAGAAUUAGAUGAAUCCUCUGUCUUUGUUCUUGGAGCAGUCCUGUACAAAAAUUUAGAUCUCAUUUUGCCCACGUUGAGUGUCUUAGAUUAUAAGUCUCCCUUCUUCACACCCAACAAACUUCAGUGGUUGAUGUUGUUCUGGUCAUCAGAGAUGUCACUCUCCUGUACACAGGGAGGUAUAUUGUUCCAAGAUUCCAUCAAGGAGAUUGCAGGAUACAACUGAGAUGGCACUGUUGACAAAGAGGACCUUCGGGACACCUUCGCAGCCAUCGGCCGCCCGAAUGUGAAGAAGAAGGAUCUGGAUGCCAUGAUGAAGGAAGCCAGCGGUCCUAUCAACUUCACCGUCUUCCUGACCAUGUUUGGAGAGAAGCUCAAGGGUGCAGAUCCUAAGGAUUGGGUCACCAGCUCCUUCAAGGUCCUGGACCCCGAGGGGAAGGGCCCCCUCAGGAAGCAGUUUCUGGAAGAACUGCUUACCAUGCAGUGCAACCACUUCACCCCUGAGGAGCUCAAGAACAUGUGGGCAGCCUUCCUCCCAGAUGUGGGUGGCAAUGCGGAUUACAAGAACAUCUGCUAUGUCAUCAUGCACGGUGAUGCCAAGGACGAGGAGUAG